CCAUUGGUAUUUUUGGGUAGUCAACUUGCGGCCGAAGUUGUCCCUAGAAAAAUUAUUAAGAUAAACAGAAGUGUACACAAAAAAUAGUGAAAAUUCUGAAAUUGUACUUCAAAGUACAAAAACAAAUAGCAAGUAUUUGCUCAAAUAACUAUAUACUGCGUUCUUGGGCAGCAUGAGCGCAUCGAGUGAAGGCGGCUCUGGUGGUCCGGUGGGUGGAGGAGGCGCUAGUGGUACAGCUACGACAACGGCGCCUGCAACACUAAAAGCCGUUAAGAUUCGCACUCAUCCAACAAACACAAAGCACUUGAUAGCCCACAACACAGCAACAACAACAGCCAAUAUCAAUGCCAUGGCAAUACCCACAUAUUCACAAUUUCGUGGCGCCUUAAACAGAUACUCAUUACAUCAAUUGCCAACAUCCUCCUCAGGGCAUUCCACAGUGGCAGCCAAAAUAACGCACGUUAAACCGGACGGCGGCGGUGGCAUUUCCAUAACGGGCACGCCCAUCCUCAGCGGAGGAACAAUUAAAGUGGCCACCGCCGGCAACACGGUGCAGACAUCCCUCAGCGGCACACCCAUCUCUCUGAACACGGGCCAGGCAACCACGGCCGCCUCGAUUCGCGCAAUUGGCGCUGGCGGCCAAUCGACCCAAGUACGCGUCGUCAUGCCCAUGAUUAAGCAGCUGGAGAACGUCACGGCAACUGGUCGCACCCAAAUCACAGCCAUACCAGCAACGCCAGCAGCACGCAGCGUAUCCAAUGCCUCGAUUACAGUCACACGGCCAGUCACCCAAGCCACCUACUUGCCACGCGCCAGCGUCACCGCCACCCAGAUGAGCGGCGUGGGUGUGACGGGUGCUCAGCGACUUGUGACACCAUUGCGUGCGACAUCCACAGCCAGCGUUAAUCCGGCAUCUGGGCCAACGGGACUCGGUAGCAGCGGCAGCUUUGUGCGCACCUCGCAACCAUCGACGGUCAUCUCGUCGGCGAGCAGCGCUGCCUGGAUGCAGAGUCCUACCGCAGUGCAGUUGAUUCGUGCCAUUCAUCAGCCCAGGCAACGCAUCAUCACCACCUCAACGGGCGCUAGCGUUUCCACCACAGCUACACCAGUCCAGGCAAACACAGCUCUCUCCGUUUCGGCGGCUCAGUCUCUGCCACCGCAGCAAGCGGGUCCUUCAGGUGUGCCACAGGCUUAUGUGGCCACUGUGCUGCCGCCGCGUCCGCAUCAGGCGACGCUAGUUUAUUCCUCAAAUGUCUCAGCCGCCGGCUCGCCCACCACAAACCCGAAUACUGGGCCGCAGUUCAAUCCGCGCUUUGCCGUCGCUACCCCGCUGGGCGCUACAAAUGCCGCUGGUGGCACCGCCACCACGCCCGGUGGCACCACAGUGACGCCACGCCAAGUACGUCCCAUACUGGGCAAGAGUUUUCCGACAGCCAAGCUCAAUACGACCAGCAUUAGCAUUCGCGCUCCCAGCAUACCGCAGCUCAGCUCGAGCGUUGCUCCACCGACGCCUGUGAGCGUCUCUGGCGGCGUCACUGUGGCGGGACGCGGACCAGGAGGAGCUGGCACUGCUGCCAGCGUGGCACCAGUGGCUUUGACUGCUAAUCUGCCCACCACACGCAUCAUUCAGCUGCAGCAGCCGGCAACGGGCGGCGGCCAGCAAAUAAUUGGCUCGACGGCACGCUUGGCGGGCAACGUUAUGCUGCAGCCAUUCCUCAUGAGCACCACCCAAGCGGCUAAGAUGGGUAUUCGACCGCCGGUAACAAUGACAGCCAAAGUGCAACCCUCGCUGACCAUCACACAACUGAAUCCAAUUGGCAAACUCUCCACAGCAGGCGGCGCAGCUGGCGCCACAAUGCAGCCACAGGGUGUGGCCAGUAUUCAAGCGGUGCCCAGUGUUUCGGCCACCAGCGUAACAACAAGCUCGGUGCCGGCAACAACGGGUGCAACGGCAGCAGCGGGUGGAGCCACCGUGUUGCCGCUGACGCUGGGCGCACGUGGCGGACCGGCGAGCAACAUCUUGACGGGCACACUGACGCCCAUCAAGAAUGCCAGCGGCAUCACCGUGGGCAAAAUGAUGAUACCACAAGCGGCAGGCGUGGAUGCGUCAGGCAGCGGUGGCUUGCCACCCGGAACCACGCCCACCAACGUCUUUAUACAGCAGCGUGGCGGCAACGCGGGUGCCGUGAGCGUCUCGGCGGCCACAGCCACCUCGGUGGCCACAUCUGUGGCGGGCACAUCGUUCCUGCCGCAAGGCAGUUCGGCUAUCUACUACGAAUCGAUGCCCGCGUCGACGGGCGUGCUUUCGCUGACGACGACGACGGUGACGCAGAGCACACAUACUCACGGACAACAGGCGCAGGCUCAGCUGGUGAGCAGCGGCGCCAGCGGCAGUUUGUCCGUCUCCUCGCUGCCAUUUGCCAGUCACGCACAAGCCAUUGGCUCCGCAGCUGGCGGCUCAACUGCCACUUUCACCGUGCUGCCGUCGUCGGCAGCCGGCGGUAGUCGCACCAUUGGACAUCAGCAGCUCAUCAUACCGGCGGGCGCGGCGCAUGCGGGCGGUGCUCCGCCCCAGCACAUGGUUAUACCGCUGCACACGUCCGUCAAGGUGACAACGGGCGCGGCGCCCACAACAACGGGCGGUGGCGCCACCGUAAGUGCGCUGCCCAUGCCCAUCCCUGUGCCGGUGGCAGCCAAUGCGCUGGUCUCCAAUUUCAUGCGCAAACGUGAUGCUGAAGGAUCGCCCAUACGAGGCGUUAAGAAUCUGGCUCCCACGCUGCUCUCGAUGAGCAGCAAUGCUAAUGCAACAAACGCAUCCACAGCCAGCGUGACAGCUGUGAAUUUGGCUGGCGGCUCUGCCUUCAAUCUGCAGCCCGUUUCUGUGGCGCCAGCACCACAAAUUGCUGCGGCUGCGGCGUCGGCGGGAGCAACUGUCACCAGCUCGGCACUCACCGUGGAGGCGUUGGCCAAAAAGGAGCGCGAGCGAGUUAACUCUGCGAUUGUAAGCGCUGCUGCAGCGGUUGCUUCGUCAGCAUCGACAGCAUCUGCUUCGACUACAGCGGGCAGCAUUGUGAGCACACGCAAUAUGCGCGCUGAAUCGCCGGCAUCCUCGGAUGGUUCCACCACAGUAUCGGCCAAUUCGUCACCCGGCGUGGAUCAGCAGAUACAGGACAGCAAUUUGAGCAUUAAUCGCAUUGGGGAUGAAGCAACCAGCUCCACUGCAACGCACUUCAAUCCCAUCAAUGAGAUGUAUGCAACUCAUCAGUCAACGCUGCCGCCAAACAUGUCGCACUCAACGCUGGUCGCACGUGUGGGCAGCGCCUUUGUGGAUGUGUCGCAGCUGCAAGGUGCACAUCAUGUGGCCAGCUCUGGACAGUUGCCCCAAACGCGCAUGAAUGGCAACAGCUACGAUGGCCUGGCGCGCAAGAAAGCACGGCGAUCCACAAACGACAGUCAGCACUCGAAUCAGAGCCAGGCUUCGUUGUCGUUGUCGCUGCCGCCGCCAACUGGGAGCGUGAGCAGUCACAGCAGCAGCACCACACAGGAAGCCACAUCGCUAUUCAUUCAACAGCAGCAGCAACAACAGCAGCAGCAACAAUUGCAACAUCAGCCGCACAACAAUGGUGGACUGCUGGUAACAGCAGCUGCAGCUGGAGGCAGCGUAGCAGUCACAACUAAUGCCAGCUCGAAUGCCGCAGAUGUGAACAAUCAUCGUCUGGCGAGCAGCGCAACACCAGCCGUUGCUGGCAACAAGGAGAACGCCAAUCCAGUUGACUUUGUGCUGCGACGUCCGCGCAAUUGUGCGCUGCUUAAUACUUACAAGCCAACGCACAAGUUGGCCAACAAUCAUUUCCAUCGCUAUACGGAUGUGAAGCCGCGCGAGGAGCGACGCGCCACAGUCAUUGAUCUGGCCAAUCAACCCAAUGUCCAAGGCAAAAUUAGCGGCUGGAAGCUUUACCAUCUGCGUUCACAAAUGGAGGAUUUGAAUGAUUCGGAAAUGUUCAGUCUCGGUCAACUGGAGACCAUGUUGAAGGAGCUCGAGAAGGACAAGGACAAGCAUGGCGACAUUGAGCGCGUCAGCGAGCUAUUAAAGGGUAAUAUACAACGCAGCAAGAUCAUAACCGAUGGCAUCAACGAGGCGCAAAAUCAAUUGAUGAAGAUCUUUGACCACAAACCUCAUGUGACUGACAUUAUCAAUCGUUUGCAAUCGAAACGCAACUUUAAGAAACGUGAAAAGCUAUAAGAAAAAGCAAAAAGCCAAGACAAUGUGAAAAUGUAAAGCAAAUGGAAGCAGACAACGACACGUUGAGCCUUUAGCUAUAUGGACUUCAUGUAUUUUAUAGGGAAUGUGUAUAUUUGCCUAAUAUAUAUUUAACUAUGUAUGUCAUUAGCUUAAAGUUAGCAUAAUCACUUUUAACAUUUGUAAGAUACCAAUUUACAAAAACAACAGACCCUAAACCAUAAACAACAACAAAUAUGAAAAACCACAACACAACAAUAUGCAAUAUUUUUUCAUGUUCUUAAGAGAAAUUAAAAUAAAAUACAAGAUUUUAAGAUAUACAAAUUUGUGAAUACGAUUUAUUGACCUCCCUUAAUUGUACAAAUGAAUACAACGAAGGUUUGUUAUAGAUUAAAAAUUUAUUGCUACUGAAAGAGAUGUUUACAGCUGAUCUUCUACAUGGGUGGAGGCGGCGGCACACCGUUGAACAUAGGAUGCAUGGCUGGACGAGGUGGCCCAGGCAUUGGAAAACCGGCUGGUGGUCCCAAGGCACGAUGUAGAUUCGGUGGUGGCGGCGGCAAGAUCUUGGGUUCGAAUUUAAAUGCAAA